AUGUUUGUUCGAUUGAUAUCGAGAAUGGCAAUGCCUAUUUUAAGAUGUUAGAGAUUUUAAUUCAGCCCAGCUUUGACGAUCUUGAACAAUAGAUUAAUAAUUCAUAAUUUAACGUAAAUUAGAAUUCCCAUAAUGGACGAGUUAACAGAAUCUGAUUAAGAUGAAGAAUUACAGGAUGGCCUCAGUUUAACAUCUGCAUGAUUCUUAUGAAAAUAUUCAAAUCAUUAUUAUAUUAAUUUU